UCCGAAAAUGGCAGGUUGGAAUUAUCCGGAAAUAUCCCUAGAAGAUUUGCUGAAAGCAAUAAAAGGGUUCAUAGAUAUGUUGAUUCUAGCUUCUGGGUAUCAAUCAUCUGGUCGUCUUGCCCACUGGGAUUCGGGUAAUAUCAAGAGAGCUCUCCAGUGGGCUCUGUUUCUCGAGGAUGUGAUUGGUAGCUUGAACAGUCAAGAUGAGUACAGAGAUUCUCUGGAGGAGCUUGAUGUAGCUUUAUGUGAGAUGAUUUCUAUGCCAUAUUUCCCCAAGGGUAUAGAACAUCUAUCAUCUAAGACUCUUAGCAAUGCGAGAAAUUUAAUGUUAGAACAUCUGACUCAUACCUUACCACUGAGGGAUUUGCAUCUAAGAGCUCUAGUGACAGCUACUGUUGAGAUGGAUUUUCACAUGCUUCCAAAGGCAGAUAGUGAUUGCCUUGACAAACAUUUUGAAGAAUUGAUGCAUUGUGAAUCAAAGAAACCUGCUUUCAAUGGGAGCAGGCAUUUAAUGGAAGACUCGGUAAACACAUCUAUGAUGACUUCUCCUAGUAGAAAAGCUAAUGAUGCGGCCUGCAGCUUUUCUGCAAUCACUGCACGAGAACUUGGAAGGAGACAUAUGGCAGUGUCAUCACUAUCUGCAGCAGAGACGUGCCUGGAGAUGUUAUGUCGCAGUGUAUGCCAUUUGAAUGUAAGUGAGCCUGGCAAGAACUUGCAUGAUGGUGUGGCUCACAAAGGAGCUUUAAUGUCUGAUGAAGUACCGAUCGAUCCUUUUACCUGGAACCUUUUGAAAUCAAGAAACCUCUCUUAUCUGCUUGACAAGAGAACUAUUAGACUGGUAUCAGGCGCCGAUCUUAUUCUUUCAGCUCCCGAGGACCAAUGGGUUCGAGUGUUUGGACGGCUAAAUAUUUCAACUGAAGCUGAACAUAAUUUAUGUGAAACAGUGGAGCUUUUGUUACUGGGAUGUGUUGCAAGCAAAUGGAAAGAUUUGAUUGAACAUUUAAUGUCGAGUUCAUACAAACCUGUUACUAUAUCAAAACUAUGCCAAGAGGUGCUCAACUUAGUGGUUGGAGGUUGUAAAAACCUUUGUUGCAAAGAUAAUAUGACGAGUUCAAAGGAUAGAAGGGUUGUAAGGUUUCUGGAAGGCUUGCUAAGCAGUCAGCUAUACACGUUGUGGAAACUGUCACCUAUUCUAGCAGCAUUUGCAAUUCCUUCCUGGUCACCGUUGUUUAGGUCCUAUUUAAGGGAGCUGGAGUGUCAAUUGAGAGGAGACACAUCAUUGGCAAGGUUUUUUACAUUUAUAUUUCUUAGUCAUGAGACUCUAUGCUUUUUCACUCGAAGGUGGCUGUUCUUACUGCAUUCGUUUGUUUGUAGCUCUUGUGAUUGUGCCAAGGAUGGAAAGGAGCAUAGAGAAUGCGACAUAGUUGACAGACUCUGGUGCCUCUAUAUAUACCAUAUUCACAGUUCGGCUUAAUGUCCGGUUGUUCUACUUGUCCCCAAUUUCUCAGUUCCAGAGCCAUUGGUGAAGGCCCUCUCGGUGACACUAAACGCGGCAUGAAAAUCUCGAAUGUGUUAGGCAUGAAGUGGCGGGGGAGAAGAAGUGGCGGUGGCGCCUCUGCAGUCACGCUUCUCAGCCUGCAGAAAAGGGCGUCUCCGAGAAACUGGUGUGUUGCAAGGCAUUUGGAAUGGCGGGUCAGAUUGUGGUGCAGAAAACUCAGAGAAGCUGUUUUGGGGUGCCAAAGAAACAGUAUGCAGCAGUUCAGCUAUGAUCCUCAGAGCUAUUCUCAGAAUUUUGAUGAUGGGCACUUCAAGGAACAUCUCUCACCUUUAGCUCCACUCUGAUUUUUAUUUUUUGAAAUUUUUAUUUUUGCCUUUUUGCUGCAAUUCUUCAUAAGCUGAUUGGAGUGCCAGCUUAUGUUGAUCCUGCUUUAGCUUGAGAGUUAAGCUUUAUGUAUCUUCAUCCCAUCAAGGCCUGUAUAAUACUUAUUUUGCAUUUUGAUUUGUAUAGUGUGGUGUCACUUCAUAAAACAUAGACUUUACUUUAAUGGUAGGUCAAUUAAUAAAGAAACAUGAAAUAAUAUUUUAUUAUAUCCA